AUGUCAUCUUUGAACAUACUUAUAAACGUAUGUUUUUCAUCGUGUGUUGGUUUAAUCGUUGUUAAUCGUCUAUUACGUAUUAUCCAUCCCAUACGACCAGAUCGUAUAUCAGAAUUAAUAAAAAUAUAUUUUGGUAUUUUACAAAAAUGGUAUCAUCAACAACAACAACAACAAUCAUCACAACAGUAUAAACGUUUACUAGAAUUGUCUGAUAUAGAAUUAACCAAUAAUGUAAUGAUAUUAAAUAAAAAUGAAGAUAUAAUAAUUAUAUGGUUUGAUGAUAAUAUAGAUCAAGAAAUGAAACAACAUUUAACAGAAUUACAUGAUCAUAU